AUGGCCAAACCUCUCUUGAAGUUGUUUGUGCUCGCAGCCCCUCUCCUGGUGUCGGCCGAAACUACCUGGAGCGAGAACCUCGUCCUCGCAGACUGCGGCAUUGGCCUGGGACCAAAUGGUGGCUCUACAUCCCGUGAGAUGAUGUACUACUCGGACGCCGCCUGGGGCGCCCCAACCUACAUGGCCAACGUACCAUGGGACGGCUCCUACCCAUGGCGAGGCAGCGGCGUGACCCAGACACUUCCCAACAGCGACACAUGGACCGUCUACAUCGACAAUACAGUCAAAGAUCCCGGUGCGGCCGGAAUAGCUACGCACACGUACGAUAACAAUAUGCUGAUAUGCUGGGCCCGACACCUAGAUGGGCUCUUCACGCUGGACGACGGCAAGAAGUGCAGCAUGGCCUUCAUUUGCAACCACGCGCCAGUCGACGGCGGCUCUCCCAAGCCUUCCCCUAAGCCUCCUGCUCCAGCCCCCGGCCCACCUCGCCGCCUCGAAGAGAACGCAACGCCGGUAGCCCUGAAAUUCCAGCCCGUCAUUGACUUCGACAAGUCGGCCUGCUACAACACCUGGGCCAUCGCGAGCGACGGCACCGUCAACCCCGGCAUCGAACUAGGUCAAGGGGAUUGCCGCACCAUGGACCGCCUAUCCAACAGCAACGUCUAUGUGCGCGAGAAGUGCUCCGACGAUGGCUGGUGCUUCUACCUAUACGGUUAUUACGCAGAGAAGGACCAGGGUGGCGCCCUGGGCGGAGGUCACAAGCACGACUGGGAGCACCUUGGGGUGUGGGCGCGCGACGGUACGGCCAAGUACUACGCUUGGUCACACCAUGGGGACUACACUGUCGACUGGGCUGAAAAGAUGCGGUAUGCUGAUGGCCGAGCCAAAUUUGUCGUCGAGCGCGAUCGAGCCACCACCCACGCUUUCCGCGUGGCCACCGAGUCGGAGCCGCCUGAGAACGGGACCGGCAAGUGGGUGCGCUCGUUAUUGGUUAGCAUCGAGAGGAUGGAUGGGAAACUGAGGGAGAAGCUAUUGGGGUACAAUUGGGGCUCUGCGCACCCGGAUUUGAAGGAUGAUCGCUUUGAGGGGGCGUAUUGGGAGACGUGGAAGCAGGUGAAAAGACUCCAAAAUCUUGGGCCAGUGAGGCCUGAUCUUCCGGGUCCACCGAUGCAUCGGGAGUUAUAG